AUGAUUGGAGUAUGCAGAGCAUUCAUCCCUUCUAGGAAACAUGUCAUGCUGCCAAGAGAACUUUCAAAACAAGUUCCAAAAUCCCAUCUAAUGUCUGAAGAGGAGUGGAGACGACUUGGUGUUCAGCAAAGUCUUGGCUGGGUUCACUAUAUGAUCCAUGAGCCAGAACCACAUAUUCUUCUCUUCAGAAGACCUCUUCCAAAGGAUGAGCAGAAAUGAACCAUUAUCUGGAAAUCUUCUCCUAAAUCAUCUGGAACUAUGUAUAUGAGCAUGUAUAUAUGUUGGUAGUAUUCAGUGAAUACUUUAAAAUGUACAAAACAUACAUCCAUACCUGUGCAUGAGCUGUAUUAUUCACAGCAACAAAGCUCAGUCAAAUGCAAUUUCAAGUAGGCUGCUAUGAUGUUCAAAGAGUGAUGAAGUUAUCUUCUUUACUGUUAAUGUAAGUGCCUAUAUGACUUUUCAUUGAAUUCUGUUUAAUUAAAGUUUACGUAUUGCGUGUUCUGACUAGAUGAUCACUUGUUGCCUGUGUUCAAUAAUUUUUGCACUUGGCUUUUCCGCUGAAGUGUAGCAUGUUCAAAUCCAGUGGCUCACCUGUUUAG